UACGUCAUGUACGCAAACAAUAACCUUUCCCUCGUCGCCAGACCUCUUGAAAAAUAUAUGAAGCAAAGAUGGCGGUAACGCGACUAGCCAAUCUGUUUUGAUACGUCUGGAUCACGAAAUUUAAGGCUAAAAAUGGAAUCCUCAUGACUCCUCUUCUCUACAAUGCCUUACCACGGGGGACACGAGGUGCUUGUCAAGCUUUCUACUCUCUUGCAAUCACAUGGUACGUAACUGAAUAAGACAAGUUUUGAUUUCCGUGACACUAAAGUUAUCCCCCAAACCUUUCUUAUGAUUUAAAGAUCAAAACUGUUUUAAGUUUGGUAAACUUGUCUAUCAAUUCCUUCGCUUGUACAAGGAGUUCUGUAUCUGCCCUCAUUAGAUGCCUUUAGUCUCUUCGUAACCAAAUAUUUAACUUUUUAUCGGAUCUUGAUUCGAAGUGACAGAACAUUGUUAACUCGUGAUUCAGCCAAGUCGUCAUGUGACGAUGACAAGAUCAAAAUUUGACAAUUUACUUUUUCUGUACAAAAUAAAAAUGAAACUAUUUACCGUGAAUGAGUAAUAAACAAAGGUUUCUUUUUGGGCGGGGGACGUUACUUCUAGACAUUUGUAGGAUUUUGAAUUUUUUGUUUUAGCAUUUUGGCACUUUCAUGGUCUCGCAAGAGAUUUAUGAGCUUUCCUCUUCUCAUUCUGAUGCUGUUAACGACUUAAAAAAAGAAAAGUAAUUUUGGUUACCUUUGUUUUCCAGGAGAUGCAGUUUUAAGACAAGAGAGCCAGCUAUGUUUAACAGCUACAUCACUUGUUUUUCUAAACCAAUGCUUUGACAUUGUCAGUUCAGGUAAACUAUCUGUUUGUGACAUCUUUUUAUCAGGAGCUUCAAUUAGAGAAGAGAUGAUUUUGUGAAAAGAAAAGUACUUUAUAAACUUAAGUGAUUGUUUUUGCUGUUUUGUUAAAGCUUGAUCCUUUUCCUCAUGGCAUAUAAUGAGUUUAAUGCCAGGUAACCAAACCCAAUCAAACUUCAAUUAAGACUGGGAUUUGAAUUCGAAUCCUGACCUUAGUGAUGAUAAUAUGCAACUCCUGACAAUGCAGGGGUUUCAAUAAGUACCAAUGACUGAUGAAACGGGUCGGCUACUUGCUCACAUAAGUCAGCCACUGUUUUUCCUAAAAGAGGCAGCUACAAGUACAGUGUUUUAAAAAUCAUGUCAGAAACAAAAAAAGAUAUCAUGAAAUCUCCAUGAAGUCGUAGUUAUGAUGUGUCUUCCCAAAAGAUCACUGGCUUAACGUUAUGCUUUAGUUAUGUAAAAGCUGUAUUUCAGUCAAUUUGCCACAUGUUUCUCCAUAGAUUUACACAGAAUUCGUUCACAUGCAAAUUUCCAAAUUCACCCCCAGACCUUGCGCUAUUCAAAUUUACAGGCUACCUCAAUUUUGUUAAAACCCUUGCAAUUUAUUCAAAAGAGCUACAUGUAAUCAAACCUCCAGAAGCUACACUAACCGGCUAAACUCUCAGUCUGUAUUAAGUUGACACAAGCACCGGCUUCUCACUGAAAAUAAUUUUAAGGAGAACAAUAAAUCCGUCAUAGUUCCCAACACUUCUGUCCAAUUCAUGCAAAUGUGGAUAAGUAAAGGUUAUCAUCCUCAGGGCUAAUAUUUCUUUCCCUGGUCCCUCAAAGUGCUUAAUUGAAAUGCCCUUAAUAAACAAUCAUCAAGGGUUGAACGUUAGAUUGAUGCGCUUGGAACUUCCAAGUGUUUUGCAGUGAUGUACUCCACAUCUAUACUGUAACAGCACCCAGUGGCCCCUGGUGCCUAACUUUUGCUCUUAGGCAACUAGAAAAUCUUACAGUAACUACUUUCAGACAAACCAUAUGCUGGGGACCUUAGGUUUUACAGGUUCAGACCACCAGGCUCCCUUCAAUUUUCCUUAGAGCACAGCCUUGGCUUUGGUGUCAUGAAAUUGUGACAACAUGUUAGAGUAUAAUUUACCAGAUUUUUUGUAAGAUAAUUUUGACAAAAAAAAAUGUGCUCAAAUGUAUUGUCUUAGAAAAAUGUUACCCUAAUGGUGUCAUAAAUUAAUGUGGCUAAAAAAGUUGAAAAUGACACUGUUUGUUGAUGGUUCUAUUAAUUUAUAGGGCAGCAAGGAACAAGCAUAGUAGGAAAACGAAAGGGAAUAUCUUACAGAGACAAGGAGGCUAUCACAUUCCUUCUUGAUUUUCUUAGAAGGACUCCUUCAUUGAGGGUAAUAAUUAUUUUAAAGCACUCUUAGCCCAUUCUUUAAGCAUUAACCAGAGGUGAAUCUCCAUUAACCCUUAGCCGUGAGAGUGAUCAGCAUUAAAUUUCUCCUUGUAAUAUCAAUGCUUUGUAAAACAGAGUGGUCAUGAGAAUUACAGACGUGAUCACACAAGAUGAAUUUGCUACAUGUAGAUGUUUUAUCAACUUCUCCCCACUACUUCUAUAGGAAAUGAAUAGGGACAACAAAUGAGAAGUCAAGUUUUGAUCUUAGGGCUUAAAGGGUUAAGCAGCCGCUUACAGUGUACAUGUAUUAAGUGGCCACACUCUAUUACGUGGACAGUAAUCAAAGUCCCAAAAUAAUUGUGGAAUUAAGAAAAAAAUUGUAAAUCAAACCUUUUCAAUGGGCGUGUCCACCUUUUGACCAUCCCAACAGAAGCUCUUUUAUUGUUUUCACCUACAUGUAUGUUAAGUGGCCAUCAAGCACUUGAUACACUUAGUUUGGCUUGAUUUUAAUAUGGUGCAGGAAAAUACAGUCCAGGGGCACCCAACAACAAUUUUCGGAAAAUAUCUGUUUGGAACACGAUUUGACAUCUAGAAUUUUCGGAACAUUUGUUGUAAAAUUUCUUGCUUGCCUGCCUCUCCUAGGAUUUUCGAACAUUUAAAAACUACUAUAAUUGCCCAUUUUCAACGGAUUUUUACCGUUAAAACGUCACCUAGAAUUUUCGGGAGCCUUUUUUCUGGCUGAAAUUUUCGAAAAGGUAAGUUUUGAUCCCUAUAAUUUUCGGAUCACUAGACUUUCACCUAGGAAAUCCGAACAGAUGAAAAAUUUUUAGGGGAUAAAAAUAUGCCUAUAUCUACUGUUUAAAUACUGAAAUAAGUUUAACAAUGCUAUGUUUAAAUGGUAUUGAACUAUAUUCUCGUUUGGUGCCCCUGACAGUCUGUGAUUGGAGAUGAGGAGUGAUUGUGGACUGGCAGUACUACCGCUCCCAUCAUGUGUUUGUUUCAAAAUACAGUGAUGUUUCCACUAAAGAUUAUAAAAUCUAUGAUGAACCUCCAGUGUUUAAAUGGUAUUGAACUAUAUUCUCGUUUGGUGCCCCUGACAGUCUGUGAUUGGAGAUGAGGAGUGAUUGUGGACUGGCAGUACUACCGCUCCCAUCAUGUGUUUGUUUCAAAAUACAGUGAUGUUUCCACUAAAGAUUAUAAAAUCUAUGAUGAACAGCGCCAUAUUUUCAGAGAAGGUUACAUAAUGGAGAUUCAACUGUAUCUUGAUAAGCCAGAGAAAGUUGUUAUUGUGGGUGGUUUUGAGGGCACUGUUUUUCAAAGAAAUUUGAAAGAAUGGCAUGGAAGGCCACAGACAUACCUUUGCGAGUGCUAAAGCUAAGGAAAGCGACAAAAGUAGGUUUGAUAGCUAUAGUGUCAGGAACAGUGUAUUGAUCAUAUCCCAUAUUACCUUUCGUGAUUGUCGCAUGCACAUUUUUUGUGACAACCUUUCUCAAAAUAGCUGUAUACACGGUAUAUAGUCUUGGAUGAAAAUUUUAAUGUUGCCAUUGACAGUGGUUGGUCCUGGUGAAUACUGUUGGCAACAGUAGAAUGCUCUAUGAAAUAUUUAGAAGAGCAUCUGAAUUUUAGUUCUGAACAUCUUCAGACAUAAACUACAUGGCAAAUCCUGGUUGGAUUUUUAAAUUUGUCACUCAGACCAAAAGAUUUUAGUGUCCCACAAGGCUACUUUACCAUAUACCGGUAUAAUUAUCUUGUAGCUAAAAUCCAUUCUGAGGUUGUUCAAGCCUGAAUUUCCUUUGUCUCCUACAGUAUGAAUACAUAGAGGAUAUUACAUGGUGGCGCGAAGAUAUUAAUUUUAUUUCGAGUGGCAAAACAAUAUUUUACUCACCCGCUGCACUCGUUCGUAAAAUAUUGUUUUUACCACGAGAAAAUAAAAUUCAUAUCUUGAAGCCGCCGUCUAAUGUUCUUUUUAUUAUAUAGACAAAAAGACCUCGAUAAAAUAAUAGAGGGAAAUGACUGAAAUUACGUCAUCGAUAAACUCACGUGUGAGAUUAUGGAAAAUAAACCACUCAGGUCCCGGAUGUAGUUUUUAUGAAUUUUACGAGUGGUAUAUUUUCCAGUAAAACACUCGUGUCUAUAAAAUAAUGUGCUUUAUAUUUACAUAUGUAUGCUUGUAUUGUACAUUCAAAACAGCCUUAAUCAUUGUAUUAAUGAUCAAUGAUAUUCAAUUCAAUGAUUUUCAAUAGUAUUUAAAUUGUACUCUGAUGAUAACUUUUUAACCCCAUGAAAGCUUCUGAAAUGUAUAUGUACAUUUGUAUUGAUGGUAUCAGUGCUAUGAAUAAUAUUGUAAUUACUGGUAUAAUUCCUUUUUAUAGAGUUGAUGAUGUUAAUGUUGUUGAUAAUGUUGUUCUCAUCAGCUUGUGCAAGGGACUUGCCCCAGUGUCGAUGGACUUAUUGACAUUUCCUGUUUCAGGGCACUUCAAGUGUUGGAGGUAAAAAUCAUUAUGCAAAACACUUUCAUUGAUAGUGUUUUUAUUACAUCCUGGCAGUUAAGAAACUUUACUUUAAAAAUCCCAGAGUGCUAAUUUUCUUUUUUAAAGCCCUGUGCAAACACACGCAACAUUGUUGGAUGUUACAUGUUGUGUCCGUUUGCACACCCUGUUACGUGUUGUUGCAUGAUAUUGUGUGUUGUUUGUUGCUCAAAGUUUGAAAUCGGUCAAACUUUUGAGUGAAGAACUCCCAAACUCUCUUUUGCUUCAUGAUUGCCAAAGCAUAGCACAACGAAGUCAGAUCUGUUUGUACACCUCAAGGGCACCCAACAUCAAUUUUCGGAAAAUAUCUGUUUGGAAGACGAUUUCAGAUCUAGAAUUUUCGGAACAUUUGUUGUAAAAUUUCUUGCUUGCCUGCCUCACCUUGGAUUUUUGAACAUCUAAAGAAUGGUAUCACCUUGGAUUUUUAGAACAUCUAAAGAAUGGCCCACCCCUCCUCCUCCCAAUCAAAUAAUUGCUUGAGUGAAUAAAUUUUACGGAGUUUUCUUCAGAGUAUUUUUAGAAACCCGUUUUGUUAUUAAAAUUGUUUUGUUGCAAAAUAAACAUACUUCACUUGCUGAAAAUCGUGAAAAUUUAAUAAGCGCCCAGUCUCGAAUAAGCGCCUACUCUCAAGGUCCAAAAAUUUAAUAAGCGCCCAGGGCGGUUAAUCGAAUAAAUACGGUAAUUGCCCAUUUUUAACGGAUUUUUACCCUGAAAAGGUCAGCUAGGAUUUUCGAGAGCCUUUUUUCUGGCUGAAAUUUUCGAAAAGGUAAGUUUUGAUCCCUAUAAUUUUCGGAUCACUAGACUUUUAGCUAGGAAAUCCGAACAGAUGAAAAAUUUUUAGGGGAUAAAAAUAUGCCCAUAUCUACCAUUUAAAUACUAAAAUACGUUUGAAACAAUGCUAUGUUUAAGUGGUUUUGAACUAUAUUCUUGUUGGGUGCCCCUGACACUUCUUCCAACAUUGUUGGGGCAAUGCAUGUUCAUUACACAUGGUCUCCUUCAAGUUUACAAAGUCUUGUGGUCUUAUGGGUGUAUCCUUCCCACGAUGCUCUGCAGGUUUUAACUUCCAACAAUGUUGGGAGUUGCUGCGUCUGUUUGCACGUAACUUAUUUUCUUAUUUAUAAGCUUAAAUUUUAAUGAUUUUUUCACAAAGUUUGCAACAUGAAAGCUCUGUUAAAUACCUUUCUUUAAAAUUUGGCCCUAUAUGAAAUAAAGAUCUCUUUUAUUUUUUUCAACAGAUUAAAAAAGUCCCAGUUGGUUUAAUCCGAGGGUUUCAAAGUUUACGUCCUCAGCUCAAGACCCUGAUAUGCAGGAAGUCAGUGAUCUCACUUAAUGUAAGUACCAAAAUAUAAUUUGCAAUUUCAUUUACUCAAAUUUGGAACUGAAUUCUCUAUUCAAUUAGAAUACUCAAGCAAUCUUUUUUUUGGAAAAAGAUUAAGCAUUUAUUGCUAAAUUACUAGCAGUCAGAGGACGAUUAUGUUGAAGUCAACUCAGGGUUGUCAGAAAGUUUUGAAGUAGAUGGCUUAGUUGUCAAAGCUCGGGAGGAACUGGCAAGCGCCAAAGGCGCAAGCCUCUAGGGGGUUCUGGGGACAUGCUCCCUCAGAAAAAUUUAUAUUUAGAUGCUCUGAAAUGCUGUUUUCUGCACUCUCCAGGCUAUUUUCUCUCCAAAAUUACUGAAAAUCUAAUGUGAAUUAUAAGGUGAAUUACCGAUUGUAGGCGUUAAGUUUAUUUUAUUGUAAGUGAAACAUAAACACUCGCUAUAGUUUUCAGGAGAUGUUUGUUUACCAGUCCAGUGAUAUUAAUUUAAAAAACGCCAUCCAUAAAGAAAUGUUAAGCAGAGCAGCCGGCCGAUACUAACCAAGGAGGUGGCGAUUUUCACUGGCAGCUGGCUACUUUUGAUAACCCUGGUCACCUGUCUUAAAAUUUUAAGUUGUUAGUGUCUUAUGACAAGUACAUCACGUAGACUGUACAAAUGAAGAGAUGCUUCAAGAGGGAAGUGGUAAAAUUUUUACUUUUAUUUUUUGACAGUAGUGUUAACGCAUAAGUUCAUGUAGUUAUCAUUAAUUUUAAUGGUGAUUUAGUCAGUUUCAAUUAUUACAUUUUAUUGCAGGAAGUGCUAAUUCAUUGUGGUGGAGAUCAGCUAAAUGCUCCUUUUGCAUGGCCACAUUUGGAAAAUGUGGAUUUUAGUUACAACGGGAUUGAACUCCUGGAUGAUUCAGUGGUUUGUAAAAACAAAUUCUUGAAUGAAUGCAGAUCUGAUUUCUGAGCAUUUUUCCCUCAUUGGCAGCUCACCAUCAUCACCUUUCUAAUUCACAAACAGACACACCCUCAAAAGGACCCUACUUUCAAUUAAUUAUAAGGUGGCUUGUACUAGUUUCUCGUGUGCCAAUGGGGAGUCCAUCGUACGUGCACCCCACAAUGACCCUUUAGUACUAGCACAACCACAAAAACAAUAAACACACUUUAUCUUCUUGGCUACAUUUCGUUGUUUGGAGCAAGUUUACCCCAAAGAUCAAUGAAGAAAAUGAAAAACUUUAAUUCGAUUUUUCCGACAGUCUGCUACAAGUACAUGUAAUUGUGUCUUUGCGACUUCACUUGUCUCUUGAUACUGAUAAGUGAAUCCAGAAGGCGAAGUUUCAAGUUACCAAAUGUUUCUCUGAAUUGGAAAACCUAAUAACAAUGUGUACUGAUUGGACGCACCUAAUUUUCUUCUUCUCUGCAAUGACUGUAAACAAACUCAACGGAUGCCUGCAAGUGUACAUGCAACAGUCAGCAUAGUUAACACAGCGGACGAGUAACCCAUGUUCUUAUAGAAUUCAGAUAUUACAAGCACAAGAACAUGUGUGGGACCAGUGAAAACUCGAAGGACCAGUUAUUUAAACAGAGUUUAGCCAGUGUUAAACAAAACCACAUUCUUAGCAAUUUUCAGUUUGCCAAAUGCUUUUAUCUCAACACCAUUUAUCAUGAAAAGGUUCAUGAAAGCAUAACAUGUAGACUGAAAAAGCACUUAUUUUCUUUAAAUUACCCUCUGAGGAAGAUAUCUUGAGGUCCAAAGAUUUGCUAAACCGCGGCAUAAGUUAGACUUCGUUUAAACAACCAACCCAAAGUAUUUUACAGGAAAACAAGUCCGGUGAUCCCCUAUUUUCAUUGCUUUAAUAUUAUUUCGUUAGAGUUGAAAGGAAAUGCCAGAGAAAAAAUGAAAAAAAUUCCAGGCAAGGAAAUUAUUUGCUACUAGAAAAACAUUUCCUAUUUUCCUCUUUGCAAAAAAUCCGCUCCGUAUAGUUUUUUUUUAAAUCACUGUGAAUUUUCCUUUUCUAAAGACCUAAUGGCAAAAUUUGUGAAAAGAUCACUGUUGCUAUGGUAAUGUUAGAUUGUGCAUUUUGAAAAAAACUAUUAAAGUGAAUUGGUUUGGUAUUUUCUGCAAUCAUUGGUGUUUAUAUAAUAAUGAAUGUAACAUUACAAGGCCAAGCAGGGAUAUAACAUUUCUCUUUGAGUGCCGAAAAGUAUUUGAUGAUCAGAGAGUGCAGCGAACAAAGGAAAUGUUUUUCAACACAAGAAGAGAAAUUUCUUAUUUUCUGCACAGCCAUUUAUGUUAACACUAUGCAGAAAAAUCAUUAAUAAAAUCCUUAGGUUUGAUAGUAAUUUGUUGUUUGUUAUGCUCUAUUCAAUAGAAACUUUUGCCCAAGCUGAAAGUUUUGAACCUGAGUCAUAACAAUAUUCAAAGCACUGAAGAUGAUGAAUCUCAUUCCUUACAGGUUAGCAUUGUUGUGUUCCCAGAAAUAUCCAUACAUGUGUACCUUUCCCCAGAACAUUCUUUUGUUAUUGUACAAGUUAAGGCGCUAAAUACUGGUAAUAACUUCAGCACUGAAUUGACCUAAAACAGCUGAAUAUCCUCGUGACAUAGUACCUUUAAUCAAAAGUACAGUGCAGACUUGUUUUCUACAAGCAAUCUUAAACUAAUUUUCACUCAAGAGGGUGAAUAGUUCCUUCCACGUUUUUUUCAACUUUUCACAUGGACCGGUUAGUGAAAAUCCAUCAACACCACUGGAAUGAGCGCCUUGAAAUUUGUAAAAUUACCAAAUUUGAAAGUGAUACGUCUUAAGAAAGCAAAGAUAUAGCUCUGCAAAGUUGCGAAAAUUUACAAAUGUUUGUAUGGUAGGGGGAAGGGCAAGUUUGUGCCCCCACCAUACAAAUGUCUGUAAAAUAUUUGAGUAUUGUUACUGAGUUGCAGUAUACAUUGCUCAGUAACUUAAAAUGCCUGAAAAAACCGGCUCUAUUAAUUAAAUAAAUGACAAGUGUGUGUGUUUUUUUUACAGUAUUUAUCUGAAGUUCAGCACCUCAACCUGGGAUUUAACCAGAUGGACUCAAUACCUGUCCCUCCAGUACAAGCUGGUGCCAUCAAAUUCAAGUUGACAACACUUAUCCUCAGAAACAACAAUCUGCAAAACUUGAAAGGUAAGCAAAUAAAUAAAAUAACGUUUUCAAAAAAAAUAACUAAAAUACUUACCGGUAUCAACGAGCAACCUUACUAACCUUUUACAGUGGUAACUCGGUCUUUUUUGUGUACAUGUAGACCAGAUGUUAUUUCCCCCUUAUUUAUAUAGUUGUAAACGUGCACUGGGAUGGUAGCUUACUAGCUGCUGAAAAAAAUGAAUGCAGUACAGAGGGUGAAUGAAGCACAAAGCGGGCAUGGAGUGCGAAACAGGCGUGAUGGGGGAAGGCACCUUCCCCUGUGGCACAUGCCCGGCACCCCUUGCUUGCUUUGCGCUUGCCUGUAAAAGGCGGAAAAAAUAACGCCUCUUCUGCGGGCUAAAUUGUAUGUGGAAACGCUCAGAAUACGAAAAAAAGGUGCCAGUAACUGGAGCUGGCCGCCUAUGAGAAUGGUUGAUAUAAACCAUUUUCAUUCAACUGGCCAGAUGCAAAUUUAUUGGAAUGAAAGAAGGCGUGUAGAUAUGAAAAAGUUUCAACUCCCAAAGGAUUUAUUUGGGAGACCAAAUUGGCCGCUAAUUUAUUGAUUUGAACAAAAGAAAGCAUAAUUUUACAUUGGAAAAGAGGGAAUUAAGAGAGCUUUCACUGUAAUCUUAACUCUCUGCUUAGGUUUAUUAGUAUUCAUUCAAAGUAUUUUGCCCUUUCUGAUUGACUAAGGGCCUGUUUACGUGGAGGUGGGUGACCCCAGAUAGGUGACGUAACAUGCGUCGGGUCACCUCACCUACCAUGUAAACGUGAUCAAAUGAAGAUGAGAGAUCAUGGACUGGCGUACCCUAGGAAAACAUCCGUUUCUCCUCGCUCUUCGCCGCUGAGGACGUUUCGCAGGCUAGGACUGGCGGGUUACCUCACGUACCUGGGGUCCCCCACCUCCAUAUAAGCAGGCCCUUAAAUCUCCCAGCUAAUUCUUGAUGACCAGCCGGCACUGACCGAAUUUGGAAGAUGUGGACAAUAUAGAUUUCUCACCAUUUGAAACAAAUUUCCUGGUAGCAGCACUGCAGCCAAGCUUUUUUGUCAUAAGCACAGAAAUCCAGAAAAUUGCAAAAAUUGGUGUGUUGUGGGCCGAGUAAGACUUACAAGUUUUACUUAGUAUUCUUUCCUGACUCUUUCCUGCAGGUAUAGAGACUUUCAAUAAAUUGCGGCUUCUUGAUGUAUCGUUCAACUGUAUAGCCUCGUUAGCGGAAUUAACACCUCUGGCCCAUUUGCAUAAUCUGAUAUCUGUAAGUACUAUGGUAGUGGGAUGUUUAGAAUCAUUUGUUUUUGUUUUGGUGCAGAAAUUUCCUUAAAGCAGGAACCACUUCAGUUUCAGCCGUUGAAUGUCCUUCGUUGGACGUAGGCCUUCCCCAUUGACCUUUACUGGUCCACGUUUUGGCGACACGAUGUCAGCAUUUUAAGGUGAUGACGCACGGGACAAUUGGCGCGACGCAGCGUUGCGACAUUGUUGCGAAUCGUCCCUUAUAAUAUCACCAAUAUGAAACUAUCCAAGUCGUCCCUCUAUCCCGUAUUCUUUGUCUUCUUCGGUUUAGCAGGAACCACUUAGGAUAGAGGCAAAAUAAAUCCGUUUGGAGGAAUCUUGCAGGUCAAGAUCUAUGCCCCCUUAGCCUGUUCACAGACCCUCUAUUUUCUCUUUUGAGUUGAUGAGCAUGCGUAUGAAAAUAGAGACUUUUAGGUUCAAGGACGAGGACGACUUAUACGAGUACAAGAUUUGACUUAAAGUUUUUUCGCGAAUUCUCAUAAAAUAGACUCCCCGGAAAGCUUCAUCAUACUUAUUUUUCACCUAAAAAGCUAACACUGUUAUCUUUCUUGAAGGAGGUUAAACCCUCUCCCGCUAGCAAAAUGAUCAAACUUCUAACAUUUGAUUACUUACCUGAAAGGUGAUGUUACACGAGACGAUUCGCAGCGACGAUUGUUAGCGCAACACAGCGUUGCCACAUUGUUGCGACAUUGCUUCGAACAGUUACAACAUUGUUCCAACAUUGCAACGAUGUGUUGCACUAAACAUCGUCGUUGCUAAUAGUCCCGUGUAACAUCACCUCGGUGUUUCCGCUACUGCGGUAUUUUUAGUAAACGACGACGACCAGGUUUUCCCGCCAAAAUGACAAUGGUUCACGCGCACGCACUACUUAGUAUUGAGAAAGUCGUCCUCGUUUUAGAAUCUAAAGCUCUCUAAUAAAAACUGUGGGUUCGUGCUCGUUCUCGAGCUCGCUAUUGUGCACACCGAAAAAUUCAUUAAAAAAGUAAUUAAAAACAGAUUCUGUUUAUUCAUAGCUAAAUCUUGAAGGCAAUCCAGUUGUGUUCUGUCCUUACUACCGCCGAGCCACAAUUGCUUGUCUGUAUCCCAUACCAAGAGUGGAACCGGUAAGUUGACAAUGACAGUAGGGCCAUUUAUACGAGGAAAAAUGAGACGCCUGUUGAAUAAGACGCGAACUGUACCAUUUAUACGAGCAUGUCUUAUCUAAGACGAGAACAGCUUCUAUAAAUGGUUCGCGUCUUAUUUCUGUUCUUGACUCGUUUUCAUGUGAAUGAUGCCCGUAGCAACGGCAAUCCAACGUGGCGCGCCAAAAAUUAACGCAUGCGUACUAUGCGUUCGUGUCUUGUGUAAGACGCGACGGUCAUUUGUACGAAGUUUUUCUCGUCUUAGCUAAGACGCGUCUUAUCUAAGAACAGGCGUUAAGGGCUGUUCUAAAAUAAGACACGUCUUAGCUAAGUCGCGUCUGAUUAUAGACGAAAUAUGCCGUUUAUACGGAAAGUUCGCGUCUUAUUUAAGACGCUUCUUAUGUAACACGCGUCUUAUUUUCAAUUUCCUCUUAUAAAUGGCCCUAAUAUUACAACGUACAUGCCUCUAAGGCUUUGGGGAGUUUGAGAUCAAUAAUAUUAAUAAUUCUAUUCCGCUGUUUCUUAGAUUCAGAUCGAUGGAAAACCUUUAGACUCAGAAGAACAAAUUGUAAGUACACUGUUAAGUUAAAUGCGCCCGUAAAAAGAUAAUUUAUUCAGAUUAGCCUCCAUGACAGCGCGUUGUUCUUGCACAACUUAGCUUCUGUUCAUUUCUCCCUUUCACCCCAUGUUAGAGAAUUCGGAAUCGGGAAUCAGAAAUCCGGGAAAUUUUUGCUCGUGGAAUCCAGAAUCCUGGGCUUUCGGUAGAAUCACCGACUGAAAAAAUAAAUACAAAAACUCUGAACAAUCUUAUACCCCAACACAAUACCUAGUAAAACUGCGGUUGUUUCCUGUAGCUCCUUGGAAGGAAUGUCCAGCCAGUGUCUAUGUUAUCGUACAUUCCUGAACCAACUCUUCCACAUCCGCGUGUUAAGGCCGUUAGGCAAGUAGCUGAAGACCUGAUGGAGUCAUCAGAAUCUCAAGAAGAAUCGGGGUCCUCAACACCUAAACCAAGGAAAUACAAGGUAACUUCCUUAUUUUGGGGGGAAUUUAAUUUGGCAGAAACGAAACAGACAUAUUCCGCGGGAAUUAAGGUUAUGUUCACAUUGUGCAGGAUAUAGCUUUUGCGCUGCAACGAAAAUCAUAUCGGACUAGGGCUUUUUUAUGUUCACACCCAAGAGCGGUUGUGGCGGCCCGAUUUCUAUGACGGAGCGAAGCUGCGUCCCGCCGAUAUCGAAAGUGGAGCGUCACAUAGCGGAUAGGUUUUGUGCCAUACUUUGGUGCAGUGUGAAUACCUAUUCGCCCCGUCGCGGAAGUAAAAUAAGGAGCUUUAGCAGCGACGACGGCAACAGCAACGAGAACGUCAAAAAAGCAAUAAGUUUACAGAGCAAAAAGAAAACAACUUUGCACGUGCAUCACUCUUUUUGUACAUUUCUUUGCCGUCGCUGUACGACUACGACGUGAAAAUGCGUAAUUUUUCGUUUUAUGGAGGUCGUAAACAAGCAACGACGUAUUUUCCUUUCUGUUUCUAAACUUGAGUACAGUUCCCAAGAAAUUAACUCCAGGGAAAUUCACCUAUAUUUGACAUUUUCAACGACUUGGAAUUAACGCGACUUACAGUAGUUUGAAAAAAGGUGAAUUCAGUUUAAAAGUGACGUUUUGGCUGCCGUCGCCGUCGUCGAUGCUAAAGCUCCUUACUAUUUAGGAGACGGAAGUAAAUAUUUACGAGUGAGGACUGGAAUUUAGUGCACCUAACUCUCUCGGCCAACCGUGUCAGUACGAUGUUUCGAUGUGUGUCAACGACUUGUGCUAACCUGCGAGCAAGCUCUCCAGUUGGAGGAUAUCGUGAAAAGUAGACACGCGAGAGGAGACGCUAAGCCCCUUACGGCUUCGCCGCGCGCUCUCGCGUUCUCGCGCGGCUCGUUUCGCUUGCCCACAUAAGAGAGCUUGUUCACAGGCUGGACUUGUGCCGCCCCGGGCCGUUACUGUGCAUACUGUGCCAAAUAGCUUUUUGUGGCGCGGUGAAAAUUAUAAGCUAUCCAGUUUAGUGUGAACAUAGCCUUAAUUUCGCGAUUUGGCCAAAAAUAUUUAUUAAAAGAAACUGAAUUUCACGUAAAUUGUCAAAAUACUGAUCUGCAUUAACAAACGGUUAGUCUCUGAAUUAGCUCAGCCGAUUUGAAUUUUCCAUAACAAGAGUUUUCACUAAUACUGCGGAAACGAGACCAUAUAACAACAAAACGAAACUAAAAACUGUUUUAAAUGUUCCUGUUCAACAAAUCAGAGCGAUAUAAGAGUACAUGACACCGUCUAUUUGCGCUUACUUCUGAAGGACAUUGUCAUUUUCUUCGAAUGGAUCUUCGAGAGAAAGAGCUGUCUCACCCUUUUCUACCCCCAAAACUCCUGCGUUCUCCCAUUUCUUUGGUUAUGUAAGAGUUAUAUGACAGAGUAUUAAAUUUCGCCUGGUUAGUUUUCGCGAAAAUAAGUAAUAAUAAUAACACAAAUAUAAAUCAACCAGGUGUUUUUAAUGCCGGUACAUGACUGAGUAACCUACCAAUAGAAGAAAAGCUAAUCAUCAGCUUUUUGUUUGUCAAGAUAGUCAGACUUUUUCUUACGUUUUGCUUAAUAUUUUAGAAGAAAGGUAAAAAGGGAAAACGACUGGUAGCAAGAGAAAUCGACUUUGACGAAGAAAGUGAAGUUGUAUCAGAAGACCAGCCGUCGACUACUCCCUGCCCUAGUAAGGCCAUGUCUUUAUCUCGUUCAGUUGCUCAAAAUUAUUUUGUUUACCUUAAUGGAUUUUGUAGCUUCCUCAUCAAUUAUCCGGAUAAAUCUCAACACAAUUUUUGUCCGGGUUUGCCUACUGUCAACACUUGACGUUUACGGUCACAGGAAACACAGCUUCUUGAAAAUUAUCUGCAGGAUGGAAAAUAUAAAAUUUAACGUUUAAUUAUUUCCCCGCAUGUCACCUUUUUUUGAGUGGCAAUUUUCGCCCACAAUUCCAUAUUUCACUCAUUCUACUUACCCUCCGAAGGGAGUACAGUCAACUACUCGCCUUGCAGUCACCCCGCUAUAACGGACACCCCGAUAAUAUGGACAGCAGCUAAAUCCCAGGCAAAAAUAGAUCAUGGUUGUUUAACUGAAAUAAACUCCCGCUAUUACGGACUCUCGUUAAUGUUGCUACUAACUCAAGGGCUCUACGGUGUCCGCUAUAAAAGGAGUUGACUAUAAAGUGGGACUUCUCGUAUUCUGUAGUGACCGAAAACAAUUUAAUCGUUUCCAGUAAAAUAAAAAACGUCUUUAAAACAGGCUUAGUACGGACAGGGCCUCAGAUAAUACAUAUGUACUAACAAGAGCGGAGUUUCGCCAAAUUACUCCAGCCGAUCGCAUCCGACGGCUUCAAUCAAAUAAACCAAUCAUAUCGUAGCAAAUACAUGUUGCUGGCACUAAAGGCAAAAGGCGGGAAAACUUGGUCAGCCAUUCACGAUUGUGUUGGCUCUAUUCUCAUUGGCUAAGAAAGUGGCGCGAGAUUUUUAUCCAAUCACAAAGUUUCGCAAUUCAAAGCCAAAGCAAGUAUACGAGGUAUCUGUGAAAACGACUUUAUCUUCAUUUUCAUAUAUCUGUUGGAAGUUUUUUCAGUAAAACUAGUAAUUAUAAACGGUUACUCCUGUACAGUUCUUUGUCACUUUCGUAAUUGCCAUUUAUUUUAUUUGUAGCUCCCAUAGAACAAGUAUUGGAACAUGAGGAUGAUGUAGAACAGCUAAAGAAACUGAGGCAAUUAGGUGGAGAAGGUACUCAGGCGAAUAAAGUAUUUAACAAAAAUAAAUGAAGAGGCAUCAGAGUAGAUUGUAAAUUAUCCUGGGAUCCUUAGAAUCCUACUUUUUUGUUGGUUAUUGACCUGUUAAAAUGGCCAAAUUUUCACGAUGUAUUAGUGAGCCGAAGACUUUGAGUAGGCUGCCAUUUUUUUCCCUCAGAAUAUUGAGCAAAACACGACAGCUCACCGCGCAAAAAUCAAAAUCCUCUCUUGCUAAGUCCACUCGAAUCCUGAUAGUUUUAAAACCACAUACUUUUUUACACGAAUUGGCCGCUUCCGCCCAAACGAAACCAGUGAAUCUGGUCACCGGAACCCCACUGUUUUGAAAACAUUCUCCAGAGCCGUUCAAGCACCCGUCCACACGAAUCCGGAUAAAGAAAAAAUGUGUGGUUUCAAAUAUUUCUGGAUUCCUGUGGACAGGCCUAAUUUCUUCCUUCACGUCUCUCGGAUCGCGUUUGUUCAUAGGAGAUGAUUUUCGCUGACGCAACUUGUGGGAAAUCCCGCACGCCUAUCGUCGAGAAAAAACUUCUACUACUGGGCUACUGGAAGUUCAGUUAGGCAGGAUAUGAAUAACGUUACGGCUCUAAAAUUUCAAGCAUUGUGCUACUGAUACCUUUAGCUGAUUUGCAACUUUCCCUUUAUUUUUAGAUUAAAACUUAAUUACUGUAAUAAUCCCUUCUAGGCUGGUUACCCUCCAUUUCUCAAGUAGUUCCUGAUAAGGAUGCAUUAAUUCCGUCAGUCCAAUCUCCACCCGAUCGGGAUCGAGGUUUGUUCAAAAUUUGCCUGUUGAUUACCCUGGGUACCGGAGGUUUUUUCUCUCGUGCGACGGGGAGCUUCGUUUCGUCGGCCGCAGGCCGACACGUGUUCGGCUGAAGGCCGAAGACUGACCGUUACCGGAAACCGCGCAUGAAAAGCCUCUGGCACCCAGGGUACUUGUUGUUUUGUUUAAUUGUUUUACUUUAAUUAAUGUCACUAUUCCGCUUAAGAUACACAUGAAAAGGUAACACAACUAAAUAGCGCACGCAGGCAAAUAAGACAAUUACUACAAGAUGGCGUAAUAAGGGGGGGACACAGCCCUGUAGCAGGUUCUAGCGACUUCAGGUUAUGCGCACAGCAAAAACACAAGCCUCACUUAUCGCCCCACUACCGUGGGGUAGGACAAGAGUAUUGGCAGAGCCUUUCUUAUCUCCUCAGCGCCGCACGGGCUGGAUCGGACAAGAUUAAGGCAAAUGAAUAAGAUGGCAAGACACAAGCAAUGCCAAAAGCUUGGGGGAAGUCGCAACGCAGACUUAACCGCACCACAAGGAGUGACCCCCCAAACUUUAUUGAUACCUAACACAACAAAACUCCUCCAUAGGGAGGGAGGGUGGGUAACAAAAUUACUGUAACUGUUUGCUUUCGUGCAAGCUAGACGAAUAAUGACCAGGUCUGAAAUAGCAGAACUUUUAUAGCUAGACAGUGUCUCAAAUCUCGACCAAUAAAUAUGGUUGUACCAUAAGCUACCUAGUCUUAUCAUGAUUUAAGUCUAGCCAUAACUGCGCGAUGCUAAGAAAAAUAUGAUGACAAACAUACGACAAAUUAGUCAGGUUCCAACCACGAUAAGGCUUUAAAGAUCGAAGGGAGCAUACAUUGGGGCAGGCUACCUUAGCCUACCCCCCCUGGGGCUUCAUGUUCCAUUAACUACAUUUACCAUCUGGUAAAUGUCUUAUUGUCAGAACUAUUAGGGUACCAACACCCUGGCAGAACCUCUCUGGUUAAAAGCAGAUGAGUUGUUUAAUGGCUCAGUGUUUCACAAAAUAACGGAAGAAAUGAAGCCGACAGAUCCCUAUCUAGAGUUUUCACAGCCAAGUACAUCACAGCACUGGAAGACUACGAGUAAUUGAAGACUUCCGCACAGGGUGUCGAGAAUUUGAUAUGACGUGAAUUCUUGGUUCGAACCAAUAACGACAGGGAAAUUACGAAACAAAAUCGACAAAUUCGGUGAAAUAAAACAUCACAAGAGUCUAGGAUCCAUAGUUAGAAAGAACUUUUAGACAAUAUAUUUAGAAAAACGUGUCAAAAGGUGUGUAAUGUUUGAUCUACACUGAAAAUAUUUUCAGCGCCGAGUAUUGUCCGUACAGAAUCCGUAGCAAGUGUCUCAGAAGAUAAGACGGAAAUAAUCAGUCCUAGAAGCAGCAUUAGCGUUAUUUCAGACGAAGGUAAGCUACUAAUAAUUAUAGCACUGGGAAAAUUCGGGUUUGGCUUAAAUUUGUACUGUUGCUCAAGCUACAUGUUCCUAGGGCGCUUUCCAAAAGUCCGAAUUAGCCGGCUAGACCAUGGCCAGACCAAUCAUUUUGUCUAUGAAAAAAAGCUUUUUCCAAGAGUUUUUGAUGAAAAACCAUCUCCUUUGUUCAUUGUAAGGUAAUGUAAAAGCGCACACGAGCCAAAGGCUCGAACGGCCGACACUUAUUCCGGUUUCCUUAGUAUAAGGCAUGCCUGGGAGUAUUGCUACUCCCCCCCUGGACGGGAUGCUAGUCCAUCGCAGAGUUACUCCCCUGCAGUGUGUCGCCGGUACCCACUUGUACACCUAGGUGAAGAGGGACAAAGUGGAGUAAAGUUCCUUGUCUAAGGAAACAACGCGACGGGCGAGGCUUGAACCCCGGACCUCCAGAUCUGGAGUUCGAGGUUUUAACUGCUCGGCUACACACACCCCUCCUUCGUGCAUACUAUUUAUGAUUUGACUGAUCUGGCUGGAUCUUUUAAAUUAAAAGUAAGAUUCUCGUUACGACGGCAGAAAUGGUCCGGCCGGUGAGUUAUAAUAAAUUUAAAGCGGCCUUAGUGUCUUUUUAUUGGGAAUGCUGUGUCUAUUAUUUGUUGUUUCUUGGAAUUCGUCGAGAGAACAGCACGAGCUUUUAUUUAAGCCAGUCACACAACCUUACGUUUGGUCUGUUUAUCUCUGUUUUGAACAGAUAUUUCUGAUGCCCAACAUUUUCUGGUAACACUCUUGUCCACUCCAGAGGAUGAUGACGGCUCCGCAGUGCCUUUGUUUUUAACCGUCAAGAACGAAUUCAUUGUGGAGAAGAACUUUGCUGGCAAGGUAAAAAUUCAGAUAUAAAACGUCAACACCGAGAUCCAAGAAUAAAGCUACCUUUUCCAGCACAGUGGAGGGUAUCAGCAUUCGAAACAGAUAUUCACAAGAGCAAUUCUGUAAUAUGUUCUGUUCUUACUUUACUUUCUAUUUGUAAAAACAAUUAGUCGGUAAUUCUUUAUCAGUUAACAUUGUUUAAUUGCCGAGAGAUCAUUCUGUAAGUGAUUCGUUCGUUACACAACACAACUAAAACAUCAGUAGGUCGAACAAGAGAACAAAGCGGUGGUUAACCUUCGCGGGUAACAGCGCGCUAUUACCUUCUGACGUAGAUUUGGUAUUGUUGCCCGCUUGGAGACUACUGGCGGGAAACAGUUUCAUUAUACGUGACUUCCAGUUUGGCUUAGGGAAUAAGGUAAAGAGAUAGCUAGAAAGCGCGUGAAGAUGUGGGGAAGAAAUGAAAGGCUUCUUCGAAUGAAAGCACUUACUAUGGGGCGGGGGGGGAUUACCACAUUACUACUAUAGAACAAUUACACGUGGACAUGGAUUGAGUCAGGGGCACUCUGUGUAUAAAACUCUCAAAGUUCCUGAGUCCAAAGGGUGUUAAUGAGAUAGACUUCAGGGUGGAACACCGUGUUGGAUAUUGGCAUCUUCGAGUGCUUGACUUUUUAAGGGGGAGGUUAGAGAUAGAGAAACUAAGAGUUUUUGUAGCAGAAAUCAGUCUAAACAUGCGCACUGCAAUGCACGAUUUCUUUGUCUAUGGCUUCGAAUUAUUAAUCAGUUUGAGAAUUAUUCAACAACAAGUUUAUCCCAAGAAAAUACACAUUACGAUAAUAUUCUUUGUUUUUGUUGUCAGGUCAUUUCUCAGUUAGAGACGAGCUGUUUGCAAGAGGUGUGGGUGGACAGCACAACAGAUGAUCACAAUGUCGUACAUAUAAAAUUUGAUUACAUCAAUCCUGAUCGACAAACCCGUGAUUAUAUCAUGGAAAGCCAAGAAGAUUCUCGGGUAAAAAUACGCCUUGCCUUUAUAUCUUGGUAAUCUUUCUUCAGGCUCAUCUGUCAAAAGAAAGAAAGAACGUUUUAAACAAACAUUGUAAGAUUUCAUUUCCCCGAACUUGAGUUAUAUCAGCCUUAUGCUGUCACAAAUAUUUCAAGGUUGAUGGGUAUACGCUAUCAGUAAGUUGCAAAUUGGCCUACCCCUCCCCUAAGCCAUUAUUUUGCCCUAAGUGAGCAGUAAGUGUUAAUGUUGGCUUAGGGGAGGGGUAGGUGGGCAGUUUCCCCGGAAACCUAAAUUUAUCCGCAAAUUGAACAACUAGGAAGUUCUUUUGAAACUUUUUUCCUUUUGCUUCCUAUGAAAGUAGCCAGGGAUCGUGCUAGUAGUAGCCCUGAUUAUACAGCGCAAAAACACAUCAUCGUUACAAAAAAGUUGGAUCAUUAUACGUGUCUAGGAAACUGCUCACCUACUCCUCCCCUGAGCCAUUAUUUUGCCCUAAGUGAGAAGUAAUUGUUAUUCCUUUAAGUCCCAAUAGUGACCAACAGCAAUUUUCUCCUAACAAUGUCCAUACAUGUCGAAAGAUAAGGUUGUGAGAAUAUAAAAAAUGAUCACGAAAGAGAAAAUGUCUUGAUGUUUUAUUAAAUUCUCUCAACUAAUUCUUAAAGAAAAUGUAUUGAGAUCAGCUUGGAGAAUUUGUAUCUGGAUACUGGGGCUUAAAAGGUUAAUGUUGGCGUAGGGGAGGGGUAGGUGGGCGGUUUCCCAGAAACGUUGAGUAGAAUUCGUUUAGAUUGUCGACAGCCAAACAAACGUUUAAAUGCCAUCAGACUUUAAAGCAAGAACCACCCUUUUCUAAAAGUAGCAAAACGUUCCGUCAUAAAAUUCACGACAGUGAAAGAAGUUAAAAAUUGUAUAUACCCAAUGCUAUCCAGAAAGAUAAACUCUCUUUCACUUUUUGUCUUUUUUUGACUUUAAAUAGAAAUUUGCAGACAUCCUGAGGCCGUUUGUGACAAUAAAUAAAGAAAUCAAGCUGUCUGCUGUUGAACGUCUUCAGGUGAGAUGAGUGAAUUUGAUUAUGCAUUCAAACUUUCUCAGAAACUUUUACAUGUUCCAGGCGUUUAGUGAGUGGAUAGCGACUGGAAAGAAAAUGUCAAUGAGAUAUCAUCAUCAUCAUCAUCAUUAUCAUUGCAGUCAGUUGAUGCGGCCAUAUCAAGCACCAUGAGGCAGCAAAGUGUUGCUGAAUGGCUUGUCUCACAUAUUAUUAACCAAAGGUUAGGUAGUGCGGGCAAGAUCGAUGCAAAUAACAAUCUUACUCCAACGCUGCGCUUUGAGCAAGUUUCACUUGAUAGAAGAUACAAUCGCGCGUGAUUAGAUUGCUUUCUAUGCAUUCCAUCGAUUCUUAGUGGAAGUCCAAAUCGAAUGCUGGCUACAUACUUGCUGCGCAUGUGUAAUAUCAACCUGAAGACUAGGAUUGCGGGCUCUUCGAGUCGCCCGCAAUAGCCCUCGUUCGAUAUAUUAAAAUUCUAACAUGACGCCGAGGCUUUCUGGUCAUUUUUCUAUAUUUGGUUUGGUUUUCUCUGUGCUUAAGUCUCUUCUUGGAAUUACGAGACAAUGGAGUCGUGAAAAAUUUGCAAUUUUGACCCUAAAACCUCGGAGUCAUGUUAGAAUUUUAAUAUAUCGAACGUGGGCCAUAUAUUAACUUAGGCUUGGUAAACGAAAGAGCAGUCCAUUCAGUGUAAAAACCAGGGUCGAGUAUAGUCCUGAAUAAGUGUUGGUGUUUGACCUUGCCUUCGGAGUUUUUACUGGAACAGCAGAGAUAAAAGCCAGCCUCGAAUUUAGUUUGAAACAUAGUAGAAUUAAUGAACACAAAUCUUAGAAUAACAUUUUGUGAUUCAGUGCUCUUCAAGUAAUUUAGUGAUCGUUGCUUGCUAACGGCGUAGUCUUUAGAUCUUCCGUCAUUAUCCUUAAGGAAUUUAUCUCCAAUUGUUCUUUGUUUUGUUUAAAUUCGUAGUGCCUGAAGUGUUCUGCGGAGUUCACCCGACCAAUCAGGACAGAUGAUCCGCUCUGUCCGGACUGUGGCAGCUCCAUGACCGUGCUAGCGACGUCACCGAAUCAGGAAAAGCAGGAAAAACGAGUUCUCCCAAUUCGAACCAUAGGAGACCGUUUGAGGGAACACACAGAAGGCUCUACACUGAACACAAGCUCAAUAAAAUCAUUGAAUGGUAACAUGUCCAUCACUCCACUUGUAAAUAUGUCAUCAUCUUCAUCUUCCUCCUCAUAUGCUGACGCUUCUGAUCAGCAAACAACACAAGAAACAGCGAAAGAAGAAAAUGGCGUGGAUUUUUUUGAAAGCAACGCUCCACCGACAGACAAACAGUACGUUAUUCUGACUUAUGCUUGUUAUAUAGUUUUGUUGUUGUAAGCAGUAUAAAAAAUGGGAGACUGGGAGGAAAGGAAGAAGGCAGUUUCCUAAUACCGUCGAUUGCAUCUAAGCGUGUACACGUGAGGAACAAACGUGUUCUAAUUGAGUGCAAACAUGACAUGUUUUGCCGCCAAACAUUCGAAGUUUAGAGUAGGCGGUUGUUGUCGACUUGAUCUGUUUUCGCUCAACAAAAUAUUCUUUGCAAGAAUUUUUAGAUGUUAAAAAUUAUUUCUGGAGGCCAGUGUGCUGUUUCUGAGCGAGAAAUAUCCCUGAAAGUUCAGAAAAAUGAAAUAUGAGCGGAACGCACUGAUCAACCUUUAACAUAGGAACAACUUACCUUUGGCGCGACAGUUUGCUUUUAUGGCUGUCAAACUUCAAAUUUUUGGCAGCAAAACACGUCAUGUCUGGCACCCUAUAAGAACAUGUUUUGUUUUUUGUCUCGUGUCCAUGUUUAGCUGCAACCGACGAUAUAAGUGCCUGCCGUUGCACAAGGAUUGGCGUUACUAGCCCAAGAACCCUCUCCUUUCGUCUUUUCUCUCCUCCCUCUCCUCUCGUUGUCUUGCUGUGUAAAAGGUUUUGCCCAAUGUUUUUUGUCCAAAACUCACCACUUGUUCAAGUCGUGAAGUUCGAGAUUUGUGUGCUUCGUUUAGUACGAAUGGUAAAGUCGUGAGAUCAGCCAGCCUUUGAAUUCGUGCGAUUCAUAUUAGUGGUGAAUGAGUGAUAUUUCAUUGUGAUAAUAUGAAGUAUGACAUGCUUAAAAGCGUAUCUAUAACCCUCUCUUUGCACUAAUAAGAUGCAAUUUCACCAGUCAGUUGUACGACUUCCACCAAUAGAAAAACCCCAUCUCGACAACACUGCUAGCCUGAGAAAUCAGCCCACAUUUCGCGAUAGCCUGCGUUGCAAGCGUUUCCGUUUGGUUUCGGAGUAAAGAAAAACCGAGGAACGGCCGCGCGAGAAAUGAAAUUAGAGCGAAAAAAUAACAGAGGGGGGAGGGGGAGGUGAAGGAAGUUUCCUUCCUUUCUUCCCCACCCCUUCCCCGCUCUUUUACUUGCGCCAUUUUUCGCGCGUUCCUCGUUCUUUGCUCCUAAACCGCACGGAAACGCUUGCUACGCAGGCUAAUUUCGCGACGCCACCACUGGUUUCCCGGCGAAAUGACGUCUGAGAAACGAGCGCAGAAAUACCAUACUGAUGGCGCGUCACUACCCAGAUCUGGGUAGAGCUUCUGAUUGGUCGUGCCGCGUGGGAAAUUUGCUUCAGCCAAUCAGAAGCCCCGACCCAGAUCUGGGUAGUGACGCGUCAUCAGUAUGGAAUUUCUGCGCUUGUUUCGCAGACGUUAUUUCGCGGAGAAGGCGGUGGUGGCGUCGGAAAAUGUCGGCUGUUUUCUCAGGCUGCAACUCCUGCUGUCAAUUUCUAAGUGUUGCUAAUGAGAUGGGAUUUCACCAGUUCCUGAAAAGAACCCCGCUCUCUACACUCCUGAAAUGCAGCCAAGUAAUGUACUUCACUUUAUUUCACUCAAACGUAUCACAUUAACCACUUCAACCAAUCGCACAACUUGAUGACUUGUACCACUCGUACCACUUGCUUCUUACUAUACAGUGGUGAGUAUAGGACUUGAGUGAGCUUGAGGCAUUGCUUGUGUUUAGUCACCUUAUUCCUUUGCCUUGAUCUCUUCGAUUCAGCCCGUGCGGCGCUUGGGAUUUAAGGAAGCCUCUGCCAAUACUCUUACUCUGAUAAGUGGUGCUUUGUGUUAAUUGUGUGCAUAACCCGAAGUCGCUCUAAUCUUCUAAAGGGCGGUGUCCCCCCCCCCCCCCCCUCUUAUUAGGCGAUCUUGUUUUUUUAUUCAGUUUUGUCUGCGUCUUUUAUUUUGUUGCGUGACCUUUCGUGGGAAUUUAAAAAGCAGAAUAAUGAAUAGUUUUCUCUUCCCUUUCAAAGACCUUCCACACGGGCUGCGCUGUAUUAUUUGGUUUAACGUUUCAAAUAUCCUAACGUGAACACUCCCCCCCCCCCCCCCCCGCCUCGAGAGGCCAGAACACAGUUGUUUUGUACGUUGAAGAGAGAAAAUGUGACUUAAAGUUUGUUUAAUUGGCGUUAACUUUUUUUUUCCGUUAGGGAAAAGAAAAAUAUAGCUGAAACAGAGGACAGUCCCGAUGUGAUUCCCAGGACAAGAGAGACGUUGGAGCAGCCUUCAAAUGUUCCGGACUUGUGCUCAAACGCUUCAGGGAAUGUCAGUAAUCACAGUGAAAAGGCACAAAAGAAAUUUAUAAUCACUAACCGUGGCAACUUCAAAGUGGCUUCCGAUAAUAACAAAUAUUCGUUGGGAAAACAGGCAAUCAAUGCCACACAAGUAAGGACAAGUGCGCUUAGUAACUCGUUGAAAGAGUCGAAAUAUAGCAAAUUACCUCAAAUGGCAAAUUCACCUCCACGAAAAUUCUCUGAUUAUUCAAAUGGAGUGUCACCUAGUAGAAUGAAAUCCGCUGAAGAUGUCAUUGAUGGCUAUCCAUCGACACCCCCGGACCGAAGGGUGCGUCACUCAAACCGGAAGCUGCGUUACUCCAACCGAACGUUGCGUGACCAUGACAAAAAAGCUGAGUUACUAAGUCAGUCACUUCCAGCUUAUGGAAAUACGUCAUCGAACGGCUCGUUGCAUGGAACUCCAACGAGAAAACAUUCUGAACAAAAAUAUUCCUCAUUCCAGCAAAAAAUAAGUCAAAAUGGAAAUACUCCCAGAGACUCAGAUAGUACAUCGAAUCAAACACCACAAUCGACCAGUUUGUCCAGAUCACCAACUCCCAAAAUGUUUUUUAACAACUUGUUAAACCGGUUAAGUGGCCGUUUAUCGGGUUCAGGAAACAGUGUGAGCAGUUCGGACUCGCGGAGCUCUUCCAACUCAAGUUCGCGGGCGUCGACUCCCACGAUGAUGGAACAGAAUGUGGUGCUGAGCUUUCGCUUGUCCGCGGACGAGUUUUCUAGCUGUGAUCACAAGCUGAAGUUGUAUUUUGAGGUGUCAUUGUUUCGGUGGGGCAACCACGAGGAGUUUUGUUGCUUACUAAAGGCAAGUAAAUGGCUUGAUCAGCAUUUGUGUUACUUAGCUAUUAUCUUAGUUUGAUUUUUCAGAUAAAUGGGAGAAUACGGCGGUGGGAGGCCGGGAGAAUAGGGGUCGGAAGGGGUACGAGAGGCGGGGGUACUGGAAACGGGAGAGGAAAGGUCGGGAGGGGGAGUUCUGAAAAGGCGUGAAGCGGGAGAAAUGGCGGGAAAUUAUGCAACAGUGCUUAUAAUUUUGCAAUCGAAAAAGGCCUAAAGCAAGGAAGCCAGAAAAAAAGGGGCGGGUCCCGGAAUGCAAGGUACGCGGGAGCGGGAGGUUUGGACCAUUCUAUUGAAACCUCUUUCCCAGCACUUUCACAUAGAACUAUUUCUUUUCAACAUGUUACAAUAUAAAAACUGUUCAUUUUUUUCUAGUUUUGGCUUUCACCACUUCUUAGGCUAUGUUGACACUCCAGAAAGCGUUUGUUCCGACACGAACAGCUACCCGGUACAAUAACAAUUAAAAUUUUAACAUGACUCCGAAAUUGCAAAUUUUCCGCGACUCCAUUGUCUCGCAAUCCCCAGAACAGAAUCGAGCACAAAGAAAACCAAACCAAAUAUAGAAAAAAGAACCAGAAAGCCUCGGAGUCAUGUUAGAAUUUUAAUAUAUCGAACACGGGCUAUUUCAACUCACGGUUGGGGCCGAGAGGGUUUGGUGCACUAAUUUCAAGUCCUCACUCCUGAAUAUUUACUUCCGUCUCAAAGGGGUCCAGUCCUCGCUCUUACUUAUUCACUUCCGGUACAGUCCAAAUACCUGUUGACACCACACCAAAGUGUGGCACGGAAAGUAUCCGGUGUGUGACGCUCCACUUUCGAGAUCGGCGCGGCGUGGCGCAGCUUUGCUCCGUUACGGAAAUCGCGCCGAAAUCACUGUUCUUCAUGUGUGUGAACAGAAGCUUUAUCCAGUAUGAAUUUCGUGCCGGCGCAAAAGCUACCCGGCAUAGCGUAAACAUAACCUUAGAAUGGAAAUGUUAAUGUUGUAUUUGUACUCUUUAGGCUCCAGUUGUGGUUUACGGCAGCACAGAAGAAACGCCAGCCUUGAUGAUAACCUCCAAUGUGAUGUUCUACAUUUGUAGAUUUGCUCUAAAAGGAAGGUGCGGAUCUAAUAUAACAAAAUUUUGAAAGUUUUGAGAAGCUAAGUAACAUUUUACAGCCAAGUACUCAAAACAAUAUUGUGAAAUUUUUGCUAUGAGCCUCCUUGCUUAUACCGGGCCCAUCUAUCGCCAAACGAAAAAAAAGUUCUUAUUAGAAGAUGAGAGCGAACUGCAAGUUGAUUGAAUGGCGUCAAAACCUGUGAAUUUCAGGUUCAUUCGCUCACCUAGUCAAUAUUCCGUAGGUUUUUGGUCUCACGCAAAAGUACUUUUUUAGGAAAAUUUCCUUCGUGGUAUCAGAUGAACUACUCAUUUGAUUAACAAGGCUUCUAUCUUACGCGCUUAUGGUGUCCCUGUGACUCUUCGCCAGUUAUCUCCGUUGAACUUUGCCCUGGUAACGCGCAGGGUGUGAUGGGAAAAAGGAAGCCUUUGCUCCCGCCGUGCGCGGUACGAAGAGGACUGAGACGAGUCAGUUGCGAAUGCCUGUAGCCUGCGUGGCCAUGUGGCAGGCGUUUGAAAGAAACGAGGGAAAUUGGGUGGAGGGAAACUCAAUAAGGGCGCUAGGAAGGAAUUCCCUCGCGCGCCCUCCUCGUUACCUCGCGCCUGAUUUUCCACCAUCUUUUUCGAGAGCCCGCCUCACAAACGUAGCCUCUAAAUUUGUUUGAGCCACCGCCAUGGUAAAGCUUGGUGUCCUAAUCUUUGAGUCUUGACCCCUUCGGCAAAGAAAAAUCUUGCAAUCAAACACUUCUUCACCAACGUGCAGUGAAGUAGUAUAGUUCGCCUCCCACGCAUACGGUCUUAAGGCGUCGUCAUGUGUUCCUGGCGGGGCAGGACGCUUGCGCGGGCGGCUAAAGUUUGUAAAUUGCGUGUUGUUCCUGUACAGUAGCAUGGUGUGACUGUUUUUGUUUCUUCGUAGUGGGACCCCUGAUGAGUGUUUGACCCCUCUGGUGUCUCAUCCACUCGAUGAUCUACAGUUUAUCGAUCCUGGUCUGGGUGGUCAGGUAGGCAGUUUUUUUUUAUGGAACAAAGGUAUUUGAAACUUUUGUCGUAACGCCAAACUUUAGACGUUUACAUCGCAUUAGAGGAUUCAUCUUGGGGUUGCUUUAUAUAGCAAGUACGAAACGCGGGAAAAAAGGCAUGCGACGAUUGGUUUUCAGGUGCCUUCCGAUUGGUUAAAAAAGUGACGUAAGUUUUAUCUGAACCAAUGAAAAAGUGUACCACAAAGUAACCCCGUUUACACGGGUCUAGACAAAUUUUUGAACGGACAAAAACGGAUCCGCCUCUCGUUUACACGGGACCUGGGGAUGCUUGCAAGUUUUUGAAUGGCAAACAGUAUUGCAAUCUGUCACAGAAUUGGCACGGUUCCGUGUAAACGGGUCGCACAGGUAAAAAAUUUGUCCAGACCCGUGUGAACGAGGCUAAAUAUCUCAUUUUCGCUAACACUCGUAGUAGAGAUUUUUAGAUUCUUGGACGAGAAAGACUACGAGUACGAGAUUUGACUUAAAGUUUUUUCGCGAAUUCUCAAAUUAUAGACAGCCCGGAAAGCUUCAUUGCACUUCUUUUUCACCAAAAAAUUAGCACUGUUAUCUUUACUGAAGGAGCUUAAGCCAUCUCCCGGCCGCAAAAUGAGAAAACCUCUAGCACUUUAUAACUUGUUUCCGUUACCACGACAUUCUCGCCCAAACUCGUAGUAGCAUGACGACGGCAUCAUGUUUUCCCGCCAAAAUGUCGCUGCUUCACGCACGAGCACAACUUAGUAUUGAGAAAAUCUCGUUCUCGUAGUCCUACUCGUCUAAGAAUCUAAAGCUCUCUGGUAGAAUAACUACGGGUAUCACGUUUUCCCUCCAAAAUGACGCUGGUUUAAUCGUGCGCACCACGUAGUAUUGUGAAAAUCUCGCUCUCUUGUAUUGUAGUCAUCCUCGGCUAAGAAUUAAAAGGUCUCAAAUUACAAUAUACUUUUUCUCCCGUAGAGUUUUCGCCUUGAAUUCUCAGCACCUGGGAGAUGCUACGAAUUUCUUGUCCGUGAAAAGGACCGCUGUGAAAGAUUUCUCAACUUGUUUAUCGGUAAGUGUUUAUCCAUUGACUUCAAAUAAACAAUUGUGGAUAUUACUGACGGAGCUUCUGUGCGCUGUUUUUUUUGCAUGCGUAUGCGUAGCCUAUUCCUAAGACAUAAGAGGUGUGUGGUUUUUAGAACCGCUACAAUCUGCUAAUAAGAAUCCUCAAGCCCUUCCGUUAUGUAUUGAAAUAUGUAGCUUUCAGCAAAGGGUGGCAGAAUAAUGCUUGUUUGCCAUUUCACAAGCGAGCAGUCUCUCUUUUGCUCGAAAAUCUUCUAGCGAGCGCGAUUAUCAUUUAUGUAAGUAUGUGAACGGUGAAGCCGCGAGCAUCGAGUUUUGCAGGCGCCAGAACGAACGAAACGAGAGACCUCUUACAGUAUCGCGCUUGCCUAGAGAUUUUCUAGCAAAAGAAAGACUGCUCGCGGUCUCAGGUAUAAUUUCCUGUUCGAUGACGGGCCUCAAAUAUGAUUCCUCCUAUUCAGAUACUGUGCAACAAGCAAAACUUAAAGCCGGAAGCAAACCAGCCACGAUAAGCGCGCCCCAUCCACAAACGCUGGAGCAUAUUAGGUAAGUAAUUUCGUCGUUAAACACCGUAUUCUACUUGGUUUCAAACGCCGUGCUACUGCCGAACUUAAGUCGAAAUUAAUUCCUUCGAUUGAGUUCGGCAGGGCCGGCAGUAGCAUGUAGUAGCGGAAUUCAACGUUCAGGUGACAGAGCAGCUUUAUUUAUCGAUUGAUUUUAAAAUUCCAGGUCGCAAGUUUUUGGAAAUAAAGUGGAAGAUCCGUGUUUUAUGGUAAGAGAAUGUUUUAUUAUAAUCAUUACCAUUAUCGAAAUCUUUAUGAGACAGCAUUUCUUCUCGAAGGGCCAGGUCCAAACUAUAAACCUAAGGAAGUAGACAUUUGCGUUUGCGUCGUUGUCACUUGAUGGAUGGGACCUUCCGUAACGUUGUCCUUUGAAUUUCCUAGAGGUUUGUUGAGUCCUGGAAUCUCACUGUUUUACCUAUGUUUUGAUUUUAUUUAUUACUUUAUUUUCUUAUGUGCAGGGCGAGAGACUCCGUCAACAAGUCCUGAAAUUUACUGAUCCACCAUUAAUUAAAGACCGUAAGGUUAGUAAUAUUACGCGCUUAAAAUAUCGUAAUAUCGCGAUAUCUUGUAUCAAUAUUCGUAUCGUAAUUCCUCGAACGAUAUCGUUGCAGCCCUACCUUGUGAAAAAGGGUUCUCAUCGUGAUGUGACGCUACCUCUUUAGUACAACCACAUAUUCACGGCCCAGCAGUGGUCUACUUUAUGUCAUCCGAACAAAGAUGACCGCUUUUUGUUUUAAUGAUUAUUUACAGAGCUUGUUGAGAAGCUACUCCAGCUGCUUUGUCGGCAAAGAGUUUGUGGAUUGGAUGAUUCAAGUGAAGGAGGCUGAAACAAGAGAUGAGGUAACUUCACUAAACUGAGUGACUAGCUGAUGACUGCGCUAACUGACUAACUGACUGACUAAGAGGUUGACUGACUAACUGACCGACGGACGGACUAACUGGCUGACUCACCUGACCGGAUCACUGACUGACAGACCAGACUGACUGACUGACAGACUGACUGACUGACUGACUGGCUGGCCGGCUGGCUGACGGACUAACUGACUUACUGACAGACUGAUUGACAGACUAAUUGAUUGAUUUUCAGAUUGACAUGUCGGCCUGACUGAUUGACAAAGGAACGGCUGACUGACGCACUGUCUUAAUGACAGACGGAUAGACUGACUGACUGGCCAACGAACAGACUGAGAGACAAAUAGACACACCGAAUGAGUAACUAAAUGGCCAAGGGACAGUUCGACUGACUGAUAGAAUGUCUGACUGACAGCUGAUUAUUGACUGUUGUAUUUACAGAUCAAAAGAUAGACUUUAUUCUUUGGAUUGUUAUUUUUUAGGCUGUAGAGAUUGGACAACGACUCCUGGAUGCCGGCGCUGUAGAGCACGUGUCCAAAGAACCGCAUUUUGAGGACAAAGACCAGUACUACAGAUUUAACACAGAGGUAAGAGACAAGUUUUCUUCCAGAAAUUCGUUAUCCUAAUAAAGUGAAAUUCUGAGUCUGUGGAUUAACAGCUGAGGUCAUGUACAUGAAAUGCAAGCUUAAGCAUGAUUUAGGCCUGGUUCAGACGCCGUACUUUUCAUGUGCCGAACCUAAUUGAACAAGUUUGACUUUGAAGCGAAACUGGCAGGACAUCUGAUUCAGACCGUGUGUCAACCCUGAGUUAAGUUCAACAAAAGUUCGACAGACUCUGUCGAACUUAACGCUUUUGCCGCACCAAACUAAAACUGCCGUACCAAUCUGAUUCAGACGCCGCUCUUUUGCCUUACUUAAUUCAUCAGUUAGGUUCGGCACAUGAGUAGAGCGGCGUCUUAACCGUGCCUUAUUGAGUCCAAACAGGCCGUUUGACAGGGAGUUUUGAAAGUUCUUGGCGUAUGUUGUAACUGGCUUCUCUCUGUUUUACUACAUUGCAGACUGACUUGCUAAAGGAAGCAGCCUUUGCAGAUAGCGUUCCAGAUAUGGAUACUAAUAUCAUUCUUUUCAUCAUGGCUCAUCGCUGUACAGACACAACAAAACCCCGUAAGUGAAUAACCACCGAUAAGCCGUUUUCCCUAACUCUCCUUUGCGUACUUCUUACCUACUUCCUGUUGACGCCUAGACAACAACAGGAAGAAAACUGACCCCGUAGGGCUCGAUCUCUCUUUCGACUUUCUAGAUCUCUAACGUUCUCCACACCAAUAUCCCUCAACAGUGUGUUAACUCUUUAAGCCCCAAGAUCCACAUACAAAUCCUCCAGACUGAUCUUCAUCAUUUACCGGUAUUUUAAGAAUAGCUGAGAGAAUUUGGUUUAAUAUCAAAACAUUCUCCCUUCGGUAAUCAAAUUAGUAAUUCUCAUAACCUUUACUCUUGAUGAUCUGCUGAUGUUGUUAGGAGAAAAUUGAUGUUGAUCACUCUUCUGACCUAAAGGGUUAAUUUUGGUAAUUAGUGUUCAUUCAAAAUAUUUUGUCGUUUCUGAUUGGCUCCAGUUCCCCAGCAAGUUCUUCAUAACCAACUGGCGCUUACCAUAGUUAAAAGAUGCGAGCGAUAUACCAUCGAUUCGAUGGUGUAUUUGAUUGGAAAGGAGGCUGGUCGAUGUUAUAUUUGAUUGGAAACGAGGCUGCUUAGACAAUAGUGAACCAAAGAAAAUGGCGUUCACGGCUAUUCGAAGGCGAAAUAGUUGAAUUUCUGACUCAAACAGAAUAGAAGAAAUGGAAGAAUACGCUAACAUAUUGCUCAGCAAGGUAAAAUAUCUGUUAAUUUCCUGAAAUCGUGCCGAGAAAUAGCCCAAUUUUUCAAGAAAGUCCACGAGGAGGUAGGUAUGUUAUCAAAAAAAUAUUUUGAAUAAGUAAUAAAACAAUUAUUGAAUUCGGCUUUCGUAUGACUGUGAAGAAUUAUCCAGAUCUCGGAGGAUGUUAUCCACCUCAACCUUCAGCCUCGGUGGAUAACAUUCUCCUCGAUCUGCAUAAUUCUUCACUCCCUACACUGCCUCGUUCAAUAAUUGUUAACUGUCGACUUUUUCUUGCAGCCCUUCCAUGAGACUUUCUAAAAGUCCUUGUUUUCCCUGUUGAUUAUGCGACUUCUUCGCUCGUGCGGUCGCUGCGCGACCUCAUUGAAGCUCGCUCGCUCGCUUUCAAGAAAUUAUGAGAGUUCGACUUAUAGCAAGUCUACCUUCCUAUGUACAGGCACCCAUGUCAUCAUCUGUUUGCUUGAGAGUUCUCAUCUUUUUAUGCUUGCCAUAUACGCUUACAGUGUCGGCUCUCUUUAGAUUUCCGUUUGGAAGCUGUCAGCGUGGUGGUAUCGCGGUCUCACAUUGCUUUGGUUAAACAGAAUCCCCAGUGGCCUGCCCCUCGAUACACAGAGAUGCCCCAGGAUCCCAAGGGACCAGCAUUUUUGUGCUUAGCAAAGCACAAAAUAACCGACGUUACUAGUUUGGUGGGUACCUUUCACGUACAUCUUCCACUUCAUGGCCAAUUCAAUAGAUUACUAGCUUGUUCACAGACCCUCUAUUUUCUCUUUAGGGAUCGUCGAGCGCGCGUAUGAAAGUAUAAACCGCGGGGGGAGGGGGUAUUGACCGCAUGCUCAUCAAUUAAAAAUCGAAAACAAAACGAAAAAAACGGUUGUUUACUAUUUACAAAACGUUUCCGGAAAAUCCGUUAGGAAACGAAAUGGAACAUGACAUUUUGGGUCGUUCCAUCGCAGUAACGGAACAUCUGAAAAGGUAGUCCUGUUUUUCCGGACGGAAUAUUCCAAACGGAAAGUCGUGUUGCAUUUAUUCAAAGCCAUCUUUAAGAACAGUUUGAGCCCUUCGCGGUCGUUUUUCGGUAAGUGGAGCUGAUUUGCAAAAAUGGUAAACGCGGUUCCGGCACAAAAUUCAUCAGUCCACAUUUUUGCGUACCAUUUGCCCAAACCGUGGACCGACUGGUUUGACCAUGUAAAUAGGACAAUCUCAUGACUUUUGGAGGGCAAAUAGUUUAUUUGUGGCCCGAGUAGCAUCAUUUGCGCCCGAGCGGAGCGAGGGUGGAAAUGAUGCUUCGAAGGUCACAAAUAAACUAUCAGUGCCCGACAAAAGUCAUGUGAUUAUCAUUCUUAUCAAUAUACAAUGCCAAAUCGUACAAAUUUAUGUCAUAAGGUAAAGAUUGUUUAAUGUGAAAUCAUGCUGCGGGCUGCAAAUUCCAUUUACAGCUCGCAAUUUGCCGUUUGGCCCGCGAAUAGGAGCGUUUUAAAAAGGGCGGUUUGUCAUUUGGCCUCGUGUAGUGAUAUAGAUAAUAAUGGUAAACAACCAAACGUCUGUGUACAGGCUAAUAAAUUGCCUCCCUGUGUCAUUUUGUUCUCCCUCGAGUAAAGAGUCAUUGUUUCUUACUUUUGCAGGAUUUUUACGAAGAUAAUCCAUGUUUUAUGGGCAUCAGUAUAACGGACGAGGUACGACUUUAACUAGAUUGUUAAGUAAAACUUAGCGCGCGAGCCGCAAAUGACGGUUGGUCAUCUGACAAUGUCCCACUAGAAUCGUAUUUUCUUUCCAAGAAAGGAAAAAAAUGUUUCAUUUAUGCCAUUUCUAGGAUGCGCCGGCGCAUUCUGCAGACAGUCAAUGGAUACUGAAGACAGAGACAGUAAGCACCCUCUCCUCCCUGGUGAAAGUUAUCAAAGUCCCUUGGGAGAAGCAAUUUGGUGUGGAGUUACAGAAGAAUCUUUAUCCCACAAUCACGGUAGGUCUUGGCAGCAAAUUUCGGAUGAAAACAAUUGUGUAGUUAAAGACCCUUGAAUGCAGAGGUCCACUCAACGCGUAAAUAAAACCGACUGGUUCUUUCUUGCCGGAUCUCCAAUGUAGAGAUGCUUGGUUGACCACCAAUACAGCUGCCUCUCAGCUCUCACUGCCGCGAUGUUAAAUAAGCACUAUUUUCUUUCUUGCAGGAACACAGAUUGUAAGAACCCUGUGCAACGUGUUAGCUUGUUUCAGUCGUUAGCCUCCAUGUGGAUGUAUGAAGAAAACUUUCAACAUUGCACCUUAGCGAUAUUGUAACACUUAGUGUAUACAUACUUUAGUUAUAUUCGUGCACAAAAAUCUAAUAGACGACCUCAGGGGUGUAAGUACGAGUUUUAAAACUGAAGGGUAGAACGCACAGUGUCACACCCAGGGUACAGAUGGUCAUUCAAGCUGCGAUAUGCUAAAAAAUACAUUUUUUUUUUCGGAUAAGCAGUUGUAGUUUGGGGAGGAGGAGAAGUCACAAGCCUGCAAAACCAAUUUUUCUUAUAAAAGAACCACGGUCGAAAAGUCUUUCAUACAAAAACAAAAUUAAACAAAUUAAACUUUCAAUCGAUGGUUUUUGCGAAAGAUUUGCAUAUAGGAAGGCCGAGAUAUAGUCAUUCAAAGACAGUGAAUUUUAGAAUUUAGCUUGGAGUUUGGUUUGUCAAUUUUUUUAACGUUUUUGCGGAGGAAAAGAAAAGGGAUACCUCUUAAAUAGGGGGGCUCACGGCUACCCCGGGAACUUCCCCCUCCGGCUACGCCCCUGAACGUCAAACCACAAUGUGUGUUAUCACAAUUGCACUAUGAAAUAACCUGUAGUCACACAGAAUAUCAGCGGUGCUUGUGCAUUCCUGUGAGUUUAGUUUACCCUUGAGGGGCUAUGUCAUGCUGAUUGCUAUCUUUUCUUAACCCUUAAACUCUGACAUCAAAAUAAAAAUUCUCAUCUGUUGUCUCUAUGCAUUUCCUAUAGAGGUAGUGGGGAGAAGAUGUUAGAGUAUCAAUUAAAUUCAUCUUUUGUGAUCAAUCCCUUAAUUCUUGUGACCAUAAUGUUUUAUGGGGCGAAGAUAUUACAAGGAGAAAAUUGAUGCUGAUCACUCUUAGGGCUUAAAAUGUUAAAAGCUAAAACUUUUUUCGCAGCAAUUGAUUUCAAUACUUUUAAGGUCCAGUUUUGCUUUGAAACUGUUUCCUGUCGUCUGUUGCAACGGAGGACAAAGAUGAACAUAGAUUGAAAAUUGAAAUAGUUGAGCUAACUUUUGUCAAGUGCUAAUGUCACGCCAGCAAAAAUCACUCCGAAAAAUAUUAUGUUUAGUGCUACUUGGUGAAAUUUGCUUAAUGUAAUAUGCUAUUCAUAACUCUUAAAGAGCAUUUUGUGUAAUGACUUCAGCAUAGAAUUAACUUCAAACGGCAAUAUGCUUGAGACAUAGCCCCUAUAAUUUGGUCCUCAACUUUCCGUUUCGCUUUUUCCACCUAAAAAACAAAUACCAUCAAAGGCAGAAAAUUGCAAGUCAGCUUCUAAUCUCUGUAAAAUAAACAGCAUGAUAGUUUGCAAGAUUUACGAUGUAAGAUGUAAGUCGAAGAAUUCUUCUUCCAUGAGACGUCAGAGAAAAAUGCUAAUAUAUUUGUGAAUCCGUUUACCUAUUAUGACCAGCGUCAAAUGUUUACUUUUACCCAAGCGGAAGGGCUAACUUAUUAGGAACAUUUUGUAAAUUAAUUUCUUAAGUCUUAAUAAAUAAAUAACAUCUUUCUUAAAACGCC